ACGUCCAUCUGUGCGGUCACAGAAAGUGUUGAGCGCUGUCUGAUCAGAUCUUCAGCUUCAACUUUGGCCUGAUCUGAGAGCAGUCAUGACCAAGUCAUAUGAGUUCAACUGGCAGAAACACGUUCCUGACUUCCUGCAGGAAGGAGCAGCGUUUGAUCGAUUCGAUGAGGACCCGUUUCUCUUUGAGCCCAGCUGCCUCUUCAAAGUGGACGAGUUCGGCUUCUUCCUCACGUGGAAGAGUGACGGAAAGGAGGGUCAGCUUCUGGAAUGUUCUCUGAUCAACAGUGUGCGUCCAGCAGUGGUGUCGAAGGACUCUAAGAUCCUGGCGUGUCUGGAGGCUGCAGGCAGGAGUGAGGCGGAUCUGGACGGACGCAUCAUCUGUGUGUGCAGCGGUCCAGACCUGGUCAACCUCAGCUUCAUGUACAUGGUGACGGACAACACGGAUACAGCCAAGAAAUGGAUGGAAGGUCUGAAAUCUGUCAUUCACAACUUCAAGGCUAAUAAUGUGUGUCCGAUGACGUGCCUGAAGAAACACUGGAUGAGACUGUCCUUCCUGACCAAUGUUAAUGGGAAAAUCCCUGUGCGCGGUAUAACGCGGACAUUCGGCUCAGGUAAAACGGAGAAGGGAAUCUUCCAGGCGCUGAAGGAGCUCGGUCUGCCCAGCGGGAAGAAUGAUGAGAUCGAGCAUUCGGCCUUCACCUUCGACAUCUUCUACGCUCUCACACAGAAAAUCUGCCCUCGCACCGACAUCGAGGAGCUCUUUAAGAAGAUCAACGGAGACAAAAGUGAUUAUUUAACGGUAGAGCAGUUAGUCAGCUUUCUGAAUGAAAACCAGCGGGACCCCCGGCUCAAUGAGAUCCUCUUCCCCUUUUAUGAAGCCAAACGGGUCACACAGAUCAUCGAGAAAUACGAGAGAGACGGCGAGCUGAAGAAGAGAGGCCGGAUGUCCAGUGAUGGGUUCUGUCGGUACCUGAUGUCGGAUGAGAACGCUCCGGUGUUCCUGGACCGGCUGGACCUCUGCCAGGAGAUGGAGCAUCCGCUGGCACACUACUUCAUCAGCUCCUCACACAACACUUACCUGACCGGGCGCCAGUUCGGCGGGAAGUCCUCAGUGGAGAUGUACAGACAGGUGCUGCUGUCCGGCUGCAGGUAA